GCCAACUGCGGGCGGUGUCACGUGACUUGUCUGUCAAGGGACAGCAUGGCGGACAUGUAUGUGGAGCCAGACGGGCUGCUUCGACUGUCCAGCUAACCCCGCCGCGACGAACAUCCAAACCGCGUGUGAAGCCGGGCCGACGGCGCCCGAACAACCUGCAGAAUGGACGAGGAGCAUAAACUCGAGUUCCCGUCUCUGCCCGCGACCAAGGAGGACCAGGAGUGGGUUUAUCCAAUGAGACGAGAAAUGCAGGAGAUAUUACCAGGGCUGUUUUUAGGUCCCUACUCUGCUGCAAUGAAAAGCAAACUGCCAACUCUACAGAGACAGGGCAUAACACACAUCGUGUGUGUCCGCCAAGACAUUGAAGCCAAUUUUAUUAAACCUAACUUCCCUCAUACAUUUAGAUACCUUGUAUUAGAUAUUGCUGACAAUCAAGUGGAAAAUAUAAUAAGAUUUUUCCCUACAACUAAAGAAUUUAUUGAUAACUGUUUAGCAACAGGCGGAAAGGUACUGGUUCAUGGUAAUGCUGGUAUAUCAAGAAGUGCGGCCCUAGUGAUUGCAUACCUUAUGGAAACAUUUGGGAUGAAGUACCGGGAUGCGUUCAGUCACGUCCAGGAGAGGAGGUUCUGCAUCAACCCUAAUGUGGGAUUUGUGCACCAGUUGCAGGAGUAUGAAGCGAUCUACCUAGCCAGAUUGACUAUUAAAAUGAUGUCGCCAGUGCAGCUGGGCAGGUCCUUCUUGCAAGCUGGAAUGCCAGGAAGUCGCAAACGCAGCCUGGAGGAAGACGAAGACUUUGGGACGAUGCAGGUCACAGCAGCACAGAUGAGCUGAUGAGCUUUGCUGAUGUUUAGCCAUCUGGCAUAGUGCACUCUUUUUUUUUACCUUUUUAAUUGGAUUAAACAUGUAAAUACUUCUUUUUUUCUAAGGAGAAGGGGGUGAGGGUGGGAGGGGAGGAACUCUAGUCUGAAAUGGAGUUCUGAAGGGGAAUGGGCUAAUUUGAUAACAAUUUUUUUCUUGAGCUGUAUGCACUGAUGGGAAAUUUUUUGCAGUUUUAUAGUAUUUAAAGCAUUUUGCAUUUGCAGUGGGACAGUAUUGCAAUAAUGCACUUUCAAUACUUGAAUUAGAUGACCAGAAGGUGGCAGUUGACACAAAGUAGUCAGUAUGUCACCCAGGGGUUGGACACUAGAAGAGAAUUACUAAUGCCUUUUUAUUUUGUGAAUCACAGGAUGAUGGACUAAUACCAUACUUAAGUUGGAUAGUAAAAAAAUGGGAAUAUAAUAACUCGCUGCUUAAUAAAAAAAGUGUUGUUCACAUGUUAAAA